AUGAGUUCUCCUGGAGGAAAUAAUCUUUCCAAUCUUGAAGAUGACAAUACAAACAUUAUAACUGAAAACAGUGACAGCAUUAACAGUUUUGAUAAUAACUUAUAUUCAUCUGGUGAUAGCAUCGGAAUUACCUGUAAUGCAUCUGAAAAUAAAGGUUUCAAUUCAGUGACUACAGUUGAUUUAGAUGAUAAUGAUAAAGAAGUGUCAGAGAAUGAAAGCAGCUGGUCGAAAUUACCAUCUCUUGCAGUAGAAAACAUUUAUACAUUCCUCAGUAGAACUGAUCAAAGCCGCAUGUCCUUAGUAUGUUCUCGAUGGUCUAAAGAUUUCAACUCGCCAAGGCUAUGGAAAACAAUGAAGUUUUAUUUGCCUGAACAUGAUUACUCUUCAGAAAUAUAUCCAGAAGUGAGAUUUGCUCGCAAAUAUGCUUACAUGUUUCGGCAUGUUGAAAUUAUUUGCAAAAGAGUCAGGACCCAUCUGACAGGUGUGAUAUGGAGACAGCUGAAAUUGUUUCUGAAAGCCAUGUUGUCCUCAUCUCAGCUUUCUUCAGUCAAAUUCAUUAAUAUGGGAAACUAUUUCCGUCAUCUUGAUGAUAUCAUUCGCGAAGACUUAUUCAAAAUCGUUGUUCGUUUUUUCAAUUCACAAGAGAAUCUUAAAACAGUCAUUUUUCAAGAUAGCCACUUCAGCAAAGAUGAGGGUUUGGAACUCUUGAAAGCAAUGUUCCAUUCCGAUAAAAACACAAUAAGAAACCUCACACUUCAAGGAUUUGUAAGUGAGGCUCCAUCUAUGGAAUUGAGCAAUCAAUAUUUGUCAAAUUUGUCAGAAGUCUGUUGCAAAAUUUCAAAUGUAGAAUCGCUUGACGUAGACUAUAUUCAAAUCUUUGAAGAUGUCAUAAACUGCUUAUAUGAAAAGUUCUCUUCUGGUGACUGCCAGCUUGAUAAAAACAAACCCAACAUAUCGACUCUUUGUAUUUACUGCGAAGAUAAAAGACUUUCGGGGCUUAAAGGGAUUCUACCUGGAACUUGGAAAUAUUUGACAAAUGUCUUUCCGGACAUGAAAGUGAAAAUGGAUGUCACUAUACAUAACCAUCUGUACGAUGAGAUGGAAAAGUUCCUAGUAAAAGAAAUACCGCUGCAGACAUUGAAUUUUAGAUUUGAGAAAUCUCCAGCAAAUAUAAGGACAGAUAUAAGCGCUUUGUUCACAUAUCUUCAAAUGUGCAAGUAUCAGGACUAUUUGGAAGUCUUGAAUGUUCUUUGGAUGCCUUCUAUCGAUGAUUUUGCUGAGUCUGUUAUCCCGUUUGUCCAAUCUUGCAAAAAGUUACAAACUUUCCACAUCCAUGCUCAGUACACCCCAACAGAAAUUGAAAACGUUCUUAAAGGAUUUUUAGAAAAUCCUCCCGCAUCAUUGAAAUCAAUUACAUUAUGGUUUAACUAUCUUGAUGAAGGUGCAGAUGAGGACAACAUAAGAGCCUUAUCAGAAGAAUAUUAUCUAUUAUUUAACACACAAGGUAUAGAAUGUUUUUUGAUUGUGGAUCCAAGUCGAAGGUUGCGAAGGCGUGAGAGAAAUGUAAUUGUUCCUUAA